GGAAAGUCUAACUCGCGGCGGCGGAUGGAGUCGCUGCAGUCAGCUGCGCGUUUAAUCUUAUCAUGGUAAACAAGUAAUGAAUGGCACACAUAUUUAAACAAUGGAGGGGAUUCUAUCCAAGUGGACCAAUUACAUAAGCGGGUGGCAACCUCGCUGGUUUGUGCUGGAUGGAGGAACUCUGUCCUACUACGACUCUCAAGAGGAUGCUUGGAAAGGCUGCAAGGGGAGCCUUAAAAUUUCUGUUUGUGAAAUUCAAGUUCACUCAACUGACUCCACACGGCUUGACCUGACCAUACCUGGAGAGCAGCACUUCUACCUACGAGCCAUCAAUGCGGCAGAGAGGCAAAAAUGGCUGGUAGCUCUGGGAACAGCCAAAGCUUGUUUGACGGACAACAGAACAAAGAGAGAGAAGGAACUCCAGGAGAACACGGAAGCGCUAAAGACAAAGAUGUCAGAGCUCCGAUUGUACUGUGACCUUCUUCUUCAACAAGUCAAUAAAAUAAAGGGCGGUGAUGAGCUCGGUGACGCAGCAGACACAUCAUCAGGCGCAGACACAGGAGACCUGGUGAAGUCGACGUGUACCACUUUCCUCAUGACCCUGGAAGAGUGCAUGCUGAUUGCACAUUGUACUUUCGCAACAGAUAUGUCCAAACUGAGCCCACCGGCGUCUCCUCCAGUCGCCGCCAUUAAACCCCAAAAGAUGAGACCUGUCAAUCAUUUAAAUCAGCACCUUGGAGAUAAGUGGGGAGAUUUAUCUGUAACAGACACCCGCAGCUUUGAGUCUGGUGCAGAAGGACCAGAAGAACCAGACAGACCAGUGAACCAUUCCUCCCCUUUACAACUUUUCACCGCCAAUGGCUCCAUCCGGCAGGAGCAGGUUGCAUCCCAGAAUACCUCUCAGGCUGAAAGCUCCCACAUGGCAACAGAAGAUGGAGAUGGGGAACAAGAAGGAGAGCAAAUAAAGCUCGAAAGGGACCAAAGCUCGGACGACGUCGUGCCGUCUCAGCAGGAAGCAGUAUCUGACGGAGACAAGAGUAAGAUUUUGAAGGACCCCACAGAGCCUGGAGACGACGAGUCGGUGGAGACAUUUUUCAGCACAAUGGGUCACAGAUUUAGUGACUUAAUGCUGGAUGACGACAAUGGUAUCCCCACACAAGCGUUUUUGGACUCAUGCUAUGCAAUAGUGCCAGUAUUAGACAAGCUGGGCCCGACUGUCUUUGCUCCGGUCAAAAUGGACUUUGUAGGAAACAUCAAAAAAAUUCAGCAGAAGCAGAUGUCGGACCCCGACAGCUUCUCCACGCUGCAGGCCAUCGUGCUGCAUGAGGUGCACGCCGAGGUGGCUCAGGUACGCAACUCGGCUACCGAGGCUCUGCUGUGGCUCAAACGUGGCCUCAAAUUCCUGAAGGAGUUCUUGUCGGAGAUCAAUGCUGGACAACAAGACAUCCACAGAGCCCUCAAUCAAGCGUAUGGCAAAACUCUUCGGCAAUAUCAUGGAUGGGUUGUUCGUGGCGUGUUUGCGUUGGCACUAAGAGCCGCUCCGUCCUACCAGAACUUCACCGCCGCUUUAGUGUCGACAGAAGGCGACGAGCUGAAGAGCAGCUUCAUCAGCGGCGUGCACAGAGACCUCGACAUCUACCUGCCCGCCAUGGAGAGACAGCUGGCUAUCUUGGACGCCCUCUAUGAAGAACACAACCUGGAGUCUGACGAGGUAGUGUGAACUUUUUAACACUAGAUCUGCACUAGGAAGGAUGAAGGAACACGCUGCUUGCAACACGGCUACUAAAGUGUGUUCGAAAGUCGGCAAAAGUUCUAAGACAGAACAAGGAGAAUUAAUGAAGUGUACUUUCUAGACUGACAUCUAACAUUGCAAAUGUUAACGUGUCAUCUGUACAUGUACUGUACAUGUACAGAAGAGCUUCACACUUUGAAGUGUUCAUGAAGCAGGAUGUCCAUCAAAAAGAACCUUUUAAUGCCAUUAUUUCCACUUGUAUUCUUACAACUAACCUGCUCAUCUUGCACUACAUAUUCUGUUUAGUCUUUAAAAUAUACACACUGUAGUUCUUAAGCGUUAAAUAUCACACUCAUUUGUUACUUGUAACAAAAAACGGCAGCUUCUCAAAAACCUUUAUUUGUUUUACUUUUGAUUUGCACACAUAAAACAAUGUGUCUGUGGAGGUCAGCCACAAAUAAAUUUGGCGUUACUUGUUAGGCGGCACUGUGCAUGGUAAACUCUGCUUUUUGAUACAGCUUAUAAGGCUCGAAAGGGCACGUGAUUUGGCAAUGCAUUGUGGGGCUGUGGUUGCUAUUUCUGCUGGCUAAAGCUUUUGUUUACAUGGCUGCACUGUGAGAGAGAGAGAGAGAGCAACAAACUGGAUGAAAAUACAAGAGAAAAAAAUCAAGGGACCGUACCGAGACAAACUGGAUCCUGUUCCAAAGGCUCGCUACUUCGAAAGAAUAAGUAACAUUGGUGAAAUUGCUCGAUGGGACGAGCACGUCCAAUGGACAAGAUUUUUUUCAUAAGCAGGUUUCCAUGGAAAAAAAACCUGCUUCAUUUUUGUCCUUACUAAUGACUAGGGAUGUAACGAUAAACGGUAUUAAUGAUAACCGUUGUAAAACUUCCCGUUGUUACUAUUACCGUUUCAAAUUAAAAUAAUGGAAAAAUCCUGGACAGAAUUUCUAGGCGCAGUCAGGGCGUUGAGGGGAUCUGGUUUGGUGGCUGCAGGAUUAGGUCACUGCUAUUUGCAGAUGAUGUGGUCCUGAUGGCUUCCUCCGGCCAAGAUCUUCAGCUCUCACUGGAUCGGUUCGCAGCCGAGUGUGAAGCGACUGAGAUGGGAAUCAGCACCUCCAAGUCCGAGUCCAUGGUUCUCUCCCGGAAAAGGGUGGAGUGCCAUCUCCGGGUUGGGGAGGAGAUCUUGCCCCAAGUGGAG